AACCCUUUAUAUUAGUAUUGUGUUGCAUAUUGGUGAAAAGCCGCUUUAAAGUGUUGCUUACCAACGCAAAGCCACUUUUCAGCCAACUCACAUUGAUCAAGUAAUUAGUUAGGAUAUGUCAAAGAGCAUUGUACGUUUUGACAGAAAUUUCCCAGGUGUUAUACUGUAUUUUUAAAGUUUAAAACACAAAAAACAUAGCAGUUAGUGUCGCCGGUUUUGUUAGUCUUUUUCAGCCAAAAACAAAAGUAUUUUUCAACUGGAAUGUGGGGGAGGGGGUUAUAUUCCAGUUUUGGACUUCCUUCCGGCUAAUGAUUUUCAGCCGCCAUCUUGUCUGCAACCAGGUCCCCCUCGAAAACUGACGAGACGUGAAUGUGAUAGUUUUGAACGCAGAAGCCUAAAACACGGAUACACACACGUUCACAAAGAUUUUUACAUUGAAAGCGACUGCUUGAAUGUGCGUUACCGAGGCUGGUGUGAAUGUAGCAUAAGGCUGCAGCAAACACACUAACACACAAUGCAUGUACAGUCUCUCUGGGUAUUUCUUAGUCAGACAUAAUAUUCAAUCAAUCAACCUUUAUCUCUGUAGCACUUUUUAUAUUUAAAAAAAAUAGCCCAAAGUGGUUUACACCAAAAUAAACAAAAUAAUAUAAAAACAAGCACAAAAAUGUAAAUUGAGUCCCCUUCCCCACUUCCCACCCCUAACUGAUCGAGACAGACAACAGGAAAUAGGCAAAGGCUAAUAGUUGGGACCUCCCUCUCUGAAUAAGCUGUGAAUAAGCCAGACAAAAGGCAACAGCACACUAAUAUUAAUAUUGAAGGCAACUGAGUCUUAAAGGAACUGGUUUGUUUCGAUUGCUAAAGACUUUGGUGAUGCGUGGGCUUCCAUCAAUCAUCUCAGCACACCAAUACGAGACCAUCAAUUAGAUCCUUCUUGUGCCCCGUACACAGUUUUGAACACUCUUUAUAAAAUGCCAAUGCAAGAUAUUAUGGGGUGUCAAUUUCCUAAAUUGCUUUAUGGAAUUGAUCCAAGUAAACAAAGCUCUGAACUUGUAAAAUGAAUUAUACCCUUGUGUUUAAAGGAUGAGGCUGAUCUUCACACAUAACAGAUGGAAUCAUUUCCAUGUAUCAUAUAAUCCUGAAACAAAGCAAUCCCAGAAAAGAAAAAAAACACAAAGACCAUGGUUACAACCAAAAAAAAAAAAAGAAAAAAAAACUAUUCAUUAUACCUGGAUUCUAGUUUUUGGCAGUUCCAAGUAACUUUGACAAACUGCAAACACUUGUACUGCUAAUGCUCACAUGCAUUAGCAAAUGUUAGCAGAGCAUCAAUCUAAAGGACACGUGCAGUGCUAAGUUCCACAUAUAUGUGCUGCGCAAGCAUGUGGUUGUAGGUGGUGACCAUAUUCAGCAGAAUAGAUGCGGGCUGCAGAGACAGAUUGCUUUUGGAAUCUGCAAACGUAAAAUAAAUAAACAGUGAAGAAAACUGGCAGCAGCGAUCUGAACCCUGGGGUCCCUGGCAUUUCUCUUUUUGAUGGAUGGGCUUAAAAAUCAUUUAAAAAAAAAGAAAAAGUGGAGGUUUUGGCUUCUCUAAUGCCCUACAAUAUAUUUUUGUAUAAGGAAAACUAUGCAUUUCACAUUGUAGCUUUUACUGGAACAACUCUGAUUGCAAGAUUUCUUAUUAAAACAAAGGAGGCUAUAAGGAAUGGGAAAGAAUAUGCUGAAACAUAUUGGGUAGAGAAAAAUUGUGUAAAAGGUUACAUUAACAAAAACUUCUAUAAAAGUAAAAGUAUAUUUAAUGUUAAAUCACAACAUAUUUUAAUUUUAUUCUAGCAUUUUGUAAGAGGAAGUCUGGAGUGACAUAGAGGUACAUUAGAUUUGUUCAGAACAUAUGAGAGCUGUAAGACAGAGGUGUAGAGAAAAAUCGAUUCAGCAAUAUUUCAUUUGGCAAACCUUGAAUACAUCAGAAGAACAGCUCAUGCGUGAUGUUUUGGAGAACAAUGAAGGAAGCAGACGGAAAUGAUUUGUAGAUGAGAGGAGGAAAGGUGAUGAUGUUUGUAAAAUGAUGCAGAGGUUGGAGCUACCAGAAAAGAGGCCUAAAGGGAAACCAAAGAAGAGACUCAUGAAUGUCGUGAAGACGGCCAUGAGGGUGGUUGGUGUAAACAAGAUAAAGAGGACAGGAUUGGAUGGAGGCAGACGACUUAGUGUGACGCCCGCUAAAGGGAGCAGCCAAACGGGGCAAAGCAAAUGUACUGGCACUUCCGCAGCACUAUGACCUCAGGCAAUUUGGGAAUUUAGUAAUUAAUUCAAAUACAAAGUGUAGUUAGUCAUUACUCUUCUUUCCUGCUACCUGUCAUGAAGUGGUGGUGAAGGACCCAAACGCAGGAGCCCAGGCUUGUUGACAGAACCUUAAACCAUUAAAAAAAAAUGACAAAAACAUGACAAAAACCCAUGGAGGAACAAAAGGUGGUGACAGAGCAGAGAAGAUGACAAUGAAGAACUGAAGGCCAGACACUUUAAUAGGCUGAGGGCAAUUACCUAAAUGAAGGCAGCUGUGUACGAUUUGACCUGAACAUGACGAGACCAAAGGAAAACAGAAAUGACAAAUCCUAAGCACCAGAUCCUGACACUACCAGGGGCGUCUCGUUUGCCAAGUUUCUGUUGGAGCUUGUUGAGUCAUAACUUUGCAGACAGUAAAAAUGAUGACACAAAAAAUGAUACUGCAAACCAAAAAUAUUGAUCGUCCAAACAGUUUUUUAAAAUAAAAAUCACGUGCAAACGCACUAAGCUGUGUAACGCUUGGCUGAGAUUUUUAUCAUAGUUGCUGUCAUCAGACAAUAUUUUUCAUAUAAAAACAAUCCGUGCAGUAAAUCCAGCUGAAGUGGAAGCGGAAGCAGCAGAACACACAACAAAGGAAUAUUGAUUAUAGCUUCUCUUGUGGGAUUGCAGCACCAGUCAAAGCAAUAUCUGGAAACACUUUUCUUAAGCAACAUGGAAGACAUGUAUUGGCCAGAAUUUCAGGAUAAGCAUAGCUGGGUCAUACCACACUGCCCACUCUGGUCAGGGCUUAGAAAUGUGGCUUCUAAAUUAAGCCAGUUUAGGCACAACCAUGCUCUACACGGCACGGGACAGCAGCUACAAGAGCAGAUCUUCCAAAUACCACAGAUAUUAGCUCCUCUAUAACUGCGUUCUAUGCAGUUUUGUGGCUGCAGGUGAAGGAAUUAAACGCCUUCCUUUAUUUUCCCUUUUUUGAAGAAAAAGAAAGAUGUUCCGUUUUAGCCUGGGCAAAUAUUAUGAUUCUUUCACAUGCGUGAGUAAUUGUGUCUGGUCUUGCCGACUGCUCUGGGGGCUGCAGUGUAGAGCGGGAAAGGAAGUGUAGCUGCAGCAGCAUGCCUGUUGUUUAUUGGACGACUUUGAAAGGAGUGCUGAAAAAUGUUAUUUGUUCUCUAGAACCCACAAGAACAUUUCAAUGCACUAAACAGAAAUACACCACUUUCAUCUUGGCUGCAAAAGCUCCAACUCUUACCCAGCAUUUUUGCCAGGUUUCAUUCAAAUAACUUGAAGACAAAUAACUUGAAAACUCAAAUUUUUGCAAGAAAGAAGGAUAUUUGUAUUCCUUCAUGCAAUAAAAGGGAAGCAAUUUCAUUUAAAAAGUGGCAAUUUCUCAAGGUUAAACUAUUUACUCUUCAUAAUUAGCUAUGGUGUUAUAAGCCCUGUAGGCGUGGGAAUCGAAAAUGCAACAAGUUGUCUCUGUUGUGAAACCCAGCGUGCCUGCUCAUACAUGUCUGUGAGUGAUUUGAUUACUCAGAGAAGCUAUAGGUCGUCAGUCAGGCAGAAGAGAGUGUGGAGAGGUGCUGGACUGUGGGGCUUUAAACAAGCCAGCAGACAGGAAACCAGCAGGGCAGAGGGACAAUACCACGGAGAUUAGGGAUCAGUUAACCCCCUCCCCUGGGUGAAGCAGGCGGUCAGUCUUCCAACGAGACUGAAAACACCUACGACAACGAGGCAGACUCGCUCGGCUGAAAGAACUCCAUAACCUGAGGACUAUACGAGCGCAAAGACAGGAAUAACCUCCACCUAGACAUCUAUAGUACUUUGCCAUCACUGGGGCAAAAAAGGGACUUUCACCUGAAGAGUGCCGACAAAGCAGGUGGGAGCUAACACUCAGGAUUAGCAAAAACGGAUUCAUUACCAAGCAACAGAACAAAACGAGACAAAGAUGGCCUAACACCUUGAAGCGCCACCACUUUGAGGAUUAAGUGACAAACCAAAAAGAGCACUAAGGACAUCUAGCUCAAGCAGAUCGGACAUUAUGCCACUUAGAACGUCCACGAACAGGAAACCAUCCCCCGGUCAUAUAUCCAGGAGGAUCUCCAAGCAUAGAGAGACGCUGACUGUUAACAUGAUCAGUUUGCCUCUGGGAGAUUUUCGCCACAUCUCCCAUAUUGGGAAUGACACUCUGACAGACAGCUUUGGGGAUUUGUCGUUUCUGAAAAAGGGAAACAGCCUCCUCCGACACAGCUCCAAGAGCGAGCAGAACCUCUUCCUCGCCUGCGUGCCGCCUCCGAAGCCCCCUCGGCUGAACCUGAAUCUGAAUGGGACUGAGGCUAAGCAGAGUCCUGACUGGUCUUUGGACCACAGGAAGAAGAAAUGUAACUCUAUGCCGCUGCUGGACGGUGACGAGGUAGACGAGGUGUUCAAGGAUGAGGAUUGCCAUAGAAGAAAUAAGAAUGGGUUAAAUGAGGCUCACGGGCUUGGACUAAGCGACACGAGUUCGUGUACAGAUGGAGAGUUUACAGAGAGCUACGACGGCGAUGCUAAAGACGAGGACAAUUGCUUUUCAUUCAGCCUCGACCUAGGCCCUUCAAUCCUGGACGACGUUCUCCAAGUGAUGGAAAAGAUACACAACUAAAGAGGAUACCAAAGAAACAUGCGGAGAAAAAUGUGAGAACUAGAUGAUUAUCAAGGGGAAAAAUGCAACUUUCUGUCUAUUUUUACCCUAAAUCAAACACCAAAAAGCUGUGUGUUCAAAGGGAACAGACUCAUUUUGGGAGUGUAAACAAUGUGUGAAAAGUAAAGAGGACAGAGCGGCACUUAAAGUUAAUGUUUCCCCUAAAACGUCCCUCUGGCAGAUGAAUAUUGAACUCGCGGUUAAUUAUUGAACCCUUUCAAACUUUGAGAUGAGCAUUUUUAAUGCAUUUAACAUUUCUCCUUAUUGGAGCCCCUCAAACCACACAGCGCAGCACCGAGGACGGCUGUUAAAACUUAAGAGUGUUGUGUUUGAGGAGGUAGAAGCAAAAGGCUAGAGUCCAAGGUCUCCGAGCUGUGAUGUCUUGGCGUGCUUGACGAUCUAUUGUGUGCAGAGGGCAAUUUGACUUCGCACGCAUCCUGGAGGCCCCACUCAAAGGUACACCAAGGUACCCCCCAUCUCUCCUUCCCAACAGUACAGUUAAAACAAACAUUUAGCUCUGCUUCCAAUAAAAGCCAGUCAGCGGUGGCAGGUUGGGCAGGACAGCAAACCAGGCCACAGGUCCGGGACCUCAGAGGAAUCCACAGAACCUUGUUUUCUUAGCUGUAAAUCAGAGUCCGAUGCUAUCGUGAGAGGUGCACGAGAAAAGGGUAACAUGAGACCUCCACAUAUGCAGGGGGUGUUGAGGGAGGAGGGCCAGAGACAUCCAUUACUGCAGCAGCAGAAGCCCUGAUCAGUCUAAACGCUUCCUUCUGAACAAACAGACCCUUGACACAAAAGACAUGCACGCUGCAUCUUGCAUGCGGCUAAAGUAU